AUAGUUCAUCCAAGUUAUUUUCUAUCAAUCACUGCAGCAGAAAUCAUAUUAACUCAUGGAAGUGAAAAUUUUCAAUGUUCGAUAUCCACUACUUUUCUCAGUAUGUUUUAUUCACUUAUCAUUAUUCGUGGUGUACAGUAAACCAUUAGGUGAAAUUAGAAUGGUGAGAAGUAUUCAACAUCAUGAGAGUUCAUUAGCGAAGGACGAUUUAGAAACUGCAGAAUGUGCAGUUUUCCUGGUCAAAUUUCGAGAAUCAAGAAAAAGACAGAAGAGAAAUAUAGAAAGCUUAAACUUGCCACCGAUGGGCGAGUUUUCAGGUAGCGAGUAUAGGCAGUUCAACCGAGCAAACGUGAUUUAUGUACCAUUCUACCACAUAAGAAAAGUAUGGAGUCUAUCUGAUGAUGAGAAUAGGCAGGGACGGUGAGAAUUGGACUAGUAUUCUGAUAACAUUGAAAGACUGAUAAUGAAUCUAAACCAUCCUUGUGUAAACUGUAUGUACAAAAAUAUAUAUGUUAAUGGAAUUAUAUAAUAAUAAAAAUAAUUUAUUGGUCCUUUGAGGCACAUUAAUGUACCUAUAGGAUAAGUCAUACAUAUGAAAAAAAAAAUAAAAAUUGAUUCAUAUAUAGAUUAGCUAAUCACUUAAUUGAGGUAUUCAUUUUCUGCAUAAUAACAUCUAUUUAAAAUUAGCUUUUUUGAAUUUGCUGUAAUCAAGAAUUCGAACAUUGUGGGGCAAAUGGUUAUAAAUAUAUAUAAUACACUGAUAGAAAGGAGACAUCUCAAAUUUUGUUGUUCAGUGCUUGGAGACAAACGAUGCUUUCUCACAUUCUGGUACCCUAGUUAUGACAAGGCCUGGCCUUAAUCGCGAAAAUAUGGCUCAUGUCUCUAGGUCUAUGCCUUGUCCAUAAACUUAUAAUAAUAUCAUAUUAUAUAUUAUAUAAUAAUAAUUAGAAUAUUUAUAAGUCUAUGGCCUUGUCACUAUGUUCUAUGUUCGAAGGUCUAUGCAGAAAGCAAAAUUGUGUAGAUGUCAGAGACAAGAGACAAGAAGUCUCUACCAUAGUCAUGGUAGAUGUAUGGAGAGUAGAGAGAAGGAGAACGAUCGACGUACAAAAAAUGUGUCCCGUGUCCCCGAAAACGGGAAACGUAGGAUAGGUGUCGCUGCGAUUGCUGCAAGUAUCAAUAAGGGAACCGAGUACUUCAACGAUCUUUUGAGAUUGCAUGUAGAUAAAAAAAAUGCAGAGAUAGAAAUGGAUAAGAACACCAUCAAAAUAAAAAGUUGUCCAAAUUUGGCCUCAACGGGGGUAAGGACGCAGCAGAGACAACACGCAAAAUAAUCUAACUCAUAAUAAGCCAUGAAUCAGGAAUUUCCCUGAAUUGGUCGGGUAGGAAUUAAUAAUGAAAAUGGAUUAGAAGCAAUGGCGAAUAUUGUUGAGCUUAAUCAUGGUGAGUUUUCAUGUUGUAUUGGUCGAAAAUGUUGACAUUUUUGAAUGUAAGGAAGUUACUUAAAUUGAAUACAUAUUUUGCAUGUUGACGUAUAUUUAAUUAAUUUAAACACAUAUAAGAUGAUAUUCUAUAUGAAAUUCAAUAAUUUAUUUCAUACAAAUAAUGAAAUUCUAUU